AUGAAGUCUGCUUUUACCUCUACCGUACUGGUAGCACUGUUAGCAACCUCCACGACGGCUUUGCCAUCUCUUCAAACCAGCACAAAAUGUCCAGUCGUCCUUGACGGACGCAUCCCAAAGACUUCACCGCCCUCAACAUUCGACACGACCUCCUCACCAUUCAAUCCCAAGUACGUCAAAAGUCAAAACCUAACCUGGGCCCAAAUUAUCAAAUACCCCCACGUCGAGCCCUCCAAAUUCGAUAAAUCAAAAAACUCAAUCCCUUUUGAAGUAACAAUCUCAGAUGCCUCUCUCUUCGUCGCAGGCGGAAAACUUCAACCUGGAUUUCGAAGAGCAGGACUUCUCCUGGGAAACGGAAGUGAUGCUUCAAAUGAAGGAGUUAGAACAUUCCACUGGAGUAUUCGCCAAGACCCGCGACGUUCUAUGAAUCUGACGCAUGAAUACAUGAAUGUAUGGCAUGAAGCGGGAGAUUACUCUAGCAAUCAAUGGAGUUUGAAUGCUGGUGCGAUGUUAGCGCAGGAUAAACCCAUCGAUACGAAUGUGUCGACGGUGGGGUUGGAUAAGCGGUUGUGGAAAGUUUUGGAUAGGAGAAAUAACGUGAUUUGGACGACGAGGAUCGAGAGGGAUACGUGGCAGAAUUUUGGGAUUGUGAUGGAUAUUCCUGCAAAUACGCUUCAGGUGCUCUAUUCAGAGGACUAUGAGCCACUCAGACCGGUUACUAAACCAAUUCACAGUGAUAACUCUGGUGGCGGCCAAUACCAGAUCGGGAUUCUCAAGAAACCAACUGAGACAGAGACGGUUGUUUUUGAUGGCUUUCAAGAAAAUAAUAUUGACGAGGGCCAAAUAUAUGGUGGCAUAUUUAUCGAGGAUAGUAGCAAGGGUUGCACAUCUCGGUAA